AUGGGCAAGCCGUCCUUCGAAAUGACGUCCGAAUUCGGCGUCAUUGGGCUGGGCGUCAUGGGUUCCGCCUACACGCAGAAUCUCGCAUCGCGGGGGAUUCCUGUCGCCGCCUGGUCCAUCCAGCAGCACGAAACCCAGAAGAUGAUGGAACAGAACAUCCCCAACCUUCAGCUGUUCAGCUCGCUGCCUGAUUUCGUUAAAAGCCUGAAGCGGCCGAGGAAGAUUAUCAUGCUCAUCACGGCUGGAAAGGCAGUGGAUCAGACCAUCGAUUCGCUCAUAGGACUGCUCAGGGAGGGCGACAUUCUGCUCGAUGGAGGCAACGAGUGGUACGAGAACACCGUCAGGCGGCUGGCACGGUGCGCCGAGCGCGGCAUACACUACUGCGGGGUGGGAAUUAGCGGCGGCGAACGUGGCGCUCGCGAGUCGCCAUGCAUGAUGUUCGGAGGGCAGCCCGAGGACUACGAGGCAGUGCGCCCCUUCAUCGAGCAGGAGCCGGGGCGCUCCUUCUACGUCGGACCCGGCGCCAGCGGCCACUACGUCAAAAUGGUGCACAACGGCAUCGAGUACGCCAUCAUGCAGGUGCUCUCGGAGGUGUACAUGAUCAUGCGGGACAUUUUCGAGCUGCAGCUGGACAGCAUCCACCAGAUCCUCGCCGAGUGGGACCAGGGCGACGUCGGCUCGUUCCUGCUCGGCAUCACCGCGAACAUCCUGCAAGUGAAGGCCUCCGACGGAGUCACCUAUCUGGUCGACAAGAUCGUGGAUUCCAGCGGCGCCAAUGGCACCGGCAAGUGGACCGUCAAGGAGGCGCUGGACCUGGGUGUCCCGGUGCCAACCAUCACCACCGCCGUCGAAAUGCGCCACGCAAGCAACUCGUUCAGGAGCACCGUGGUGAUGUCCAACAAAAAAAUCAAAGAGGGGCACAGCAUCUCGGAAGGCGACCUCCGGAGAACGCUGUUCGGGUGCAUCAUCGUCUGCUUCGCGCAGGGCAUUUCGCUGCUCAUGAAGGCGUCGGAGAACUUCGGCUGGGGGCUGGACAUGGGCAAGAUCUGCAGAAUAUGGAGCAGUGAGUUCGCGAUCAUCACGCCGCUGACACGUGCAGAGGACGCCAUCAUCAGCUGCAAGCUUCUCGAGCCCAUCAGCGAGGCCUUUGAGGAGAACGAGACCCUCGCCAACCUGCUGGAGCACCCGGACAUCCGCGCGAAAAUCGGAGACUCCGUCGAGUCGUGGAGGAAGGUCUGCAAGGCCUGCCUCAACUACAACCUCAGCGCGCCGGCCAUCAUCGCAAGCCUCCAGUACAUCCAGACGAUGUCCUCCAUGAACCUUGGGCACAACCUCAUACAGGCGCAACGUGACUACUUCGGCGCCCACUGCUUCACACGCAACGACGGACCUGGAAAACACCACUACAACUGGGUACAAUAA